UCCCAAUGACUUAAAAUUUGGCAUAAGCUAUUGAUUUAUUCAGAUCUAUGUGUGUGAUUUUUUCCUGAAUAUGUUUGCUAUUUCUGAAUCAGAUAAACCUUCUUAAAAAUGGUCGACCGCGACCCGCCUACGGUGAUAUACUGCGUCACAACAGUAAUUAGACACCAGUGAAGUUUCCACUUGUAACAAUCUUGUGUAAUGGUUACUAAUAAAAAUGUUCAAACAUGACUUAUUAGAUCUUAUCCUUUGUACCUUUAAACUAUCACCGUGAUUUUUUAUCACAAAAGUGAUUAUAUGGAAAUAUCUAGGUAACAUUUUAUCAAUUUCACCCUUUUCCACCCAAAAAGAUCAAAACAUUUUUACAAUUUGUUAAAAACUCAGGUUUGUUUAUAGUUUUUUUUUUCAAUUCGUCGUGAUUUUUAAAAAUUUUAUGAACUUAUUGCGUUUAAUUGGGAUAUUUUCUCUUAUUUUAAUACCUUUCUGCACUUUUCUAACACAUACAAUUUUUGAGAAUUCUCAGAUUUAACCAUAUUUUCUUACAUUUCGUCCAAGCAAAUUCGCAUUUUUCUUCCAAAUUGCGAAUUAUCGUAACAGCUAGGCCAAAAGAUACCAAAAGUGCAGAAGGGUGCCAAGAGCUGCCGAAUCAUUUCCGUGCCAUUUGAUCAACAUCGAUUUCAGAUAUGAUGUUGAUCAAGAAGAGUUUGGAGUGUUAUUAACGAAAGAUUUUUUUUUUUUUGAGUUGGUAGCGUUAUUUUACUUUCAAUUCUAAUCUAUAUAUUUUUUCUAAUACGAAGUAAUUAUUGAAUAAUAAUAGAAAUAGAUAAUAGAGAAUAGAUAAUAGAAAUAGAAUAAAAACUUGAAAUAAGCAACAGUUUUGGAAUUUUUUGUAAAUAUUGAUCAAAUUUAUAAAAAAAUUUACGUUUCUUUUAGAUGCUAUGCAUAAUCUACACAUUGAAUCCGACAUCGCUUCUUACAAAGAUAUACUGAAUACAAUCGAUUCUCAGGAAAUGCUAGAAAGUAUCGAGGAAAAUUUUGAAGAAAUAGAUUUUUAGAGAUUUAGUACCAAAUCAUAAUAAUAUAAAUGAAAGCAUUCAAACCAAUUCUCAAGAGAUUCUUGUAGUUAACAAUGUAGACUUUGAUAAAAUUGAUGCGAAAUUUUGAAGAAGUUUUUGGGGACAAUGAUGUAAGCUCUGAAGAGAUUAAUGAUGAAGAUGAGAUAAAGCUAUGGUUUGAAGCAACCUCUCUAGAAAGUCUUGGAGCUGAUGAGUUAAGCUUUCAAAAAACGGAUGACAUCCCUAUGGAAGAAUCACGCUUACCAUCAAAUGGUAACUUGACAAAAACUUCGACUGAACACGAAAUGGAUGAUAUUCCUAUGAAUGAUGUUGAACUUGAAGUAGAUUCAUUAUCUCUGGAACUUCUGAAAAGUGUUGAUGAAUAUGCGGGUUCUUGUUGGUCAUUUUCGUUUGAAAAUGAAAACAGUGCGAUAGCCAACGAUCUAAUAAACGACUCAUCCACUACAAAAAAUGAUUCGAUUCCAUGCCUCCAGAUUAAUUCACCAGAAACUAUAAGAACUAAUUAUCAAAAUUCUAACAACUUUGAACUGUCACCCACUCUUCAGAGUAGAAAUAAAAUAACUAACAACUUUUCGAAAGAUGAUUCAGACCUGAGCCUAGGAAUAAAUUCUCCAGAAUUUCUACGAGCUGGUCCUCAAAAUCAUGACGAAUCUCUUACAUUCAUGAAUGAAAAUAUAACGAUUCCUUCUUUGGACGAUGAUUAUAAUAGUAGCGUUAACGAAAGAAAUCGAAAGAGAUCCGCUCCUUCCGAUUCAGACGAUUCUGAUUUUGAUAUAAGUGAAUUUCUGAAUGCCCGCUGUCUGUGUCGUAAAGGACAUCCUGAAACCAAAAUUCAGUAUUCUAAACAGCAAGACAAAGUCGUUAAACCCUUAAAGGACAAACCCAUUGACUUAGAUUUAGGAAUAGAGCUUAUUGGCCAAAUUGAAAAAAAUAAUUCUAAUCACGAGUCUGGAACCUCAAACUCUCAUGUAAGUAAAACUAAACCCGAAAGAAAAGCGACGAUGAAGGCGAAAGUACGGGAUUCUUCAGACAGCGAAUCAAAGGAUUCAGAUGAUGACCAAAUGUUGAUGAUUUUGAAGAAAGUUCUGAAGAAGAUUCUGGCAUGAGUGAAGAGGAAUUACCGUUCAGUCCGAACGAUAACUUAAAGAAGAAGAAUGCAGUGAAGAAACGGAAGAAAGAUGAAACAAAUAAAUCAUAUGAGUUCGUUGACGAUAACAAAAACUUGGAGGUGGAGUUUCUGAAAAAAUUGCAUGUACCCAACUCUGCGGAAGGCGCAAAACAUUAUUCUAAAGAAGGCUGCUGUCCCUUUUGCAAACAAGUUUUUAAACGACUUGAUAGGCAUUUACCGGUACAUCAAAAGGAAUCUAAAACUGUACAAAAAUUGUGUAGUUUGCCAAAAAGAUGUAAAGAAAGGAUGGACUUAUUUAAAACUAUAUGAUUGAAUGGUAUUGCUUUUUAUAACACAAAUCCAAUAGUAAAUCCAACAGGAAAACUACUAGUUAGUAGACGUAUCGCUAGGAAUAGUAAACUUACAAACAAAUCGGAAGUGAAUAAUAAAGAAGUCGAAAACUUAGUUGAAAAUAAUAUAGAAAGCGAUCAGACAGCACAUAAAGACAAUGACGAAUUGGAUUUAGAAGAGGAAAUGCAGAAAGAAAUGUUGGCGUUUACUGAAAAAGUUGAUGAAACUAUCGAAGAAACAAAAAAAAACCGCUUAGAAAGAGUAAGAUGCGAUAUUUGCAAAGCGUAUAUAUCAAGACGCAAUAUUUCAGUUCAUUGUCAUACUCAUCACCCGGAACAGUAUCCUAAGUCUUCAUCAAACUCCGUCAGAAUUCUCAGCAGUUGUAGGGAAGGAUCUGGCUACUAUCAUCCCAAGACGUGUAAAAAAACUAAAGGAAAUUAUGUCUAAAAUGCACGAAACUGAAAGUUUUUGGAAUUUCAAGUAUGAUAAUGCCAUUAUUUCGUAUCUAAAUCUCAUUUGCGAGCGAUACGAUGUCCGGGAUCAAGAUAAAUUGAUAGCAACACAUGGUCGAACGCUUGGAACUUUUCUCACCACAAUGAAGAAUCUAAACCCAGCAAUAACAGACCUACAGAGUUGCAUGGAUUCUCCUCACUGGGCAAAUACAGUAGCGGCAAUAAGAAGCAUGGCUGGAUUUGAUGAAAAAGAAAGAACAUUUGCAUCUCCAUCUACAGCUCAACUGAUAGGACUUCUGCUUAAAAACGUUAUGAAAGUGCUAAAAUCAAUUUUCAAUGUAACUAAAGACAAAGUCGGUUAUCGUAAACUAGCAUCGUUUAACGUAGAAUUAGAAGCGUACUGGCUUCCUAUUAUUGGGAGCAAAAUCGUUCCCAGUCAGAACUCUAAAAGAAAGAAAGACGAGGGAAAAACCAUCGAAGAGGUAACACCCCACGAUAAAAAUAUAAUGAUGGAAUUUUUAUCUCGAAGACGAGAUAUAUUGUUUGAUAAGGCGCUGAAGAAUUUAGACAGUGUUGUUUAUACUGAGCUUGCAUCAGCACAAAUGAUUUACGUACAAUGUUGGAACGGAAGAAGGCCUGGCGAGAAUAGCCGAACACAUUUGGAGGAUUAUACAAAUAGAACGAUUACGAACCAAGAUAGCUGUCACUUCAAAAGCUUGACUCGCGAAGAGAAGAUGCGAGCUGUGAGAUUCUCCAUAAUGAAUCUGGCUGGAAAGAAAAACGAAGGACUAGAUGGCCGCGUAUAUCUAGAUAAAAAAGAUGAGAAAAUAAUCGAUUUCCUGGUACACAAUCGAUCAAAAGUCGGUAUAUGUACCAAAAACAAACAUUUAUUUGUUGGAGCAAACAUGAAUGAAAAUGACCAUUUAGAUGGGCACCUUGUCAUGAAAAAAUUGGUAGAACUGUGUCACAAAAACUAUAAGAAAUUUGAAAAUCUCUUUAACGUCACAGCUACAGGAUUUAGAAAAUUCAUCGCUACACAAUAUAAAAGACAAACAAACAGACGGCACUCUGACGCGUUGAUAAGACAUUUGUCUCAUACUAAAAAAACACACGACAAGUACUAUAGACAAGUACUUCCGCAAGAGGCUGUGCAGGUUACUACAUUAUUAGAAGAAAUUAUCUCAAAGAAUACGGAAUCAUAUGAAUCUCAGGAUGUAACUGACCAAGAAUUCGUUGAAUUUAACUUCCAAAAGGAGAAUACUUCUACUAAAAAAGGAAAAAUAGAUGACAAAGCAACGCAGUUACAUGCAAUAGCUUCGUUAAAAGUGUUACUGGAUGCAACUAAAUCACGUGAUGGGACAGCUGCUUGUGCGUCCGCAGUUCAUGCUCAUACCGAAACUAACAGUUUAUCUGUUAAAUUACAUGAGGCUGUACAAAGCUCAGGCUCUACUACUGUUGAAACUACUAUUGGUGUACAAAGUCUUCUGAAUGGAAAAAUUACUGCCAAACAGACAACAAGUGUCGAAUCGGAAGAUGAGGAAGAAAUUCAAGAAGCUCUCAACAUGGCGUGGCCUAAUUCUUCAAAGAAAAAAAUCACAUAUUUACUUGUUGCUCCAAUAUUAUUUCCUCUAUGGCUAACGUUACCUGAUACGCGUACAACCCGAGAAAUGAUAGUAACACACGUGCGACUACAUUGUGUGCAUACGUGAAAUUCACAGAAGGGCCAUCACUAGACAAAUUUGUUGUAGUUAAAGGCUGGAAGAUUAAAAGUAAAGAAAUUCCAGCUGAUCAUAAUAGCUCCAGUGUGAAAAAAUAAUAUCAUCUGCUGGAUGAAACAGAUGGCAUAACAUAUUAUGCACAGGUAAUUCUUGUUGCUGGUAAGUAUGUGUGUGUAUCUGUGUGUGUGUUUUUUUAUGUGGUGUUGGCAGAGCAAGCUCCGAUACCGGAUCCCUACAAGUACUAUCGUUAAACAAUACUUCCGUGGGGCCUGUUAACUAGCCAUUCUAGCUUCUCCUUUAAAGUUUGACAUUUGCAUACAUCCCCCAUCCACCAAGGUGAUUAGGGGUCCAGGAUCAAACUCGUCUUCUUCAUUCUGCAUCGUCCUGCCGUCUACUUCCAACAGCAUCGAUCAGCCAUCCUCUGGACAGACUUAACCCCGACACCUACGUUCUUCUGCAUCGGGUGAGAGAGUCUAACUCAGUUACCUACGAUCCUCAGCAUCGGUUUAAGAAGCACUUAGAGGUACUCAACCCUAGCUCCUAUGUUCCUUCGCAUCGGGCAGGGAAGUAAGAGCACAACUCUGUGACCUCCGUUCCUCUGCAUCAAUCCAAGGAGCGUUACGUAUCUACUACGUAGUGGCCUUCGUCUAGCAGCAGUUUUACUAAGGUGUUUCGCCUUGUCCUUCCCUUUUAUUGUCUUCGUUAUUUCUAACUUUUUUAAGAAUGGUCCUUACGUAGUUUUUUAAUGCACACUAGCCAUCAUUCGACGCUAGCAUAGCUGUCAUCAUUCUCAGAGGUCACCCUAAUCUGAAGGUAAUACUAGAGUUCUUCUCGUCCCACUUCGUAUCGCGAACAGUCACAGAAGACAUGCUCCGCAUCUUUGUUUGCUUUCAAACAUACUGGGCAAUUAGGAUUCUUGAAGCGGUGUAGGAAGCCUCAAAAGCAUCCAUGUCCGGAAAAAAACUGCGUAAGGUAGUAAUUCACUUCCCCGUGUCAUCUAUUGGUGCAGCCAAAAAUACGUGGUAAGUCCCAUCGUCUUUGCCACUCAGCUAAGGUUUGUUCCUUCGCAGCUUUUUAAACUUCCUUUUGAGUAUUAUCAGCACGCCGGCUUUCUUCGUAUAUAUUUUUUCGUUCUGCUGCUAGAAGGUCAAUAGGUGGCAUACUUAAAAUAACGCACACGGAAUCUUCUGAUACUGUUCGGUAGGCAGAAGCGACCCUCAAUGCACUUCUCCUAUAAACUGUUGACAGCUUUCGUGCAUAGGACUUGACCAACAUAGCGUCCGCCUAUAUUGGGGCACCGUAUAACAUAAUUGAUGUAGUUACACUGGCUAGGAGUAAUCUUUGACCCUGCGUUGGCCCACCUACAUUUAGCAUUAGUCACGACCGACAUAGUUAGCAUUAGUUCAGCACCGACUUUUGCUGCCUUAUUGCUUGCCCUCUCGAGAUGAUGCUUAAACGUUAGCCUGGCGUCUAUGGUGAUUCCCGGGUACUUAUUGGUCGGCUAAGAGUCUAUUUUGUGUCUGUCCACUAACAGCGUUAUUGUCUCUAUUUUCUUCCUACUGGAUAUAACAAUAGCCUUCGUUUUAUGGCUAGCUAGCUCAAGUCCGGUAUGCUUUAGCCAAUCGUGGAUUAUACCUACUACCUUGUUAGCGAUUUCCGACACCUCUUCCUUUUGCUUUGCUACUACCACUACUGCAAUGUCAUCUGCAAACCCUACAACCGUUGCCCCUUUGCGUGGCUCUAGCCUAAGUACUCAAUCGUACAUAAUGUUCCACAACAAUGGGCCAAGCACUGACUCUUGUAGGACCCUUUCGGUAACUUGAUAGGUUUUUGUGCUGCUCUUUGUGUCAUACAAAAGGGUUCUGUCUUUUAGGUAGUCAGACAUAAUCCUUCUUAUAUAUGCGGGUACCUCUUUUUUCGUAGUGCCUUGUGUAUCUUGCCCCAGCUGGCUGAGUUAAACGCAUUUUUAACAUUAAGUGUAACAAUAGCACAGUACUUCUGCUCCUUCUUUCCAUAUCUUUCCUUCUAUUGCAGUUCUAGCAGUGUCGACUACUAAGCUUACGGCAUCAAGAGUAGAAAGUUUUUUCCUGAAGCCGUAUUGAUAUUUCGCUAGUCCACCUGGUUUUUUAAUAACUUGGUCCAUUCUAACGCCGAUUAUGCGCUCUAAAAUCUUGCCCUGGGGUGUUCAGCAUGGAGAGUAGUCUAUAUGAGUUAGCUUCUCCAGGUUGCUUAUCUCCUUUUGGUAGGAGUACUAAGCGUUGCUUUUUCCAGUUCUAAGUAAGUGUCCCUUUUUUAAGACAUAAAUUGUACAGGUAUUCAAAGACAUCAGGACGUUCUUGUAUAGCUUCUUUGAAUGCAAUAUUGGGUAUGCUAUCCAGGCCUGGAGCCUUGUUGUUCCUAAUUAUUUUGCAUGCAGCCAGUAAUUUCUCUGUGUUUAUGGUUUAAAUGAUUUCGUGAUUUGCCUCCGCUUAAGGGAUAGUUGUAACUUCCAGUUGGUGGGCAAACAGCUCGGUUACAAUACGGUCCAGCGAUUCCGAGCUUUUUGGAGGAGGGAAAUAACUUCCCUUUAUCUUUUUUAUUACUACUUGGUACGGUCGCCCCCAGGGAUCUAGCUCAACCUCGCCCUGUAACUCUUUUGGGCACCGUCGUUUAUUUUCUCGGAUUUUUUUCUUGACUAUUCG